GGGCGCGUGGCCGAGUCGGCCGCGGAUUCGGCCAAUUCCUGCGCGGGCAACCGCCCCUGCCAGGCAGCGGGGCAGGACGCCGGUGCCGCCGGGCGGGCCGACGUCGCGCCGACGGGCGCCGCCGGGCUCGGGUUGCCGGACCGCGCCUCCGGCAACCGCCCCUGCCAGGACACCGGGGCCGCCGGGCGGGCCGACGGUGCGCCGCCGGGCGCCGCCGAGCUGGGGUUGACGGACCGCUCCUCCGACAACCGCCCCAGCCAGCCAGCGGGGCAAGGCACCGGGGCCACCGGGCGGGCCGCGGGCGCCGUGGACGCGCCUGGAAGCGGGGCCUCCUCUCCCGGCGCCGGUCUCUCGGCGCGCCGCCCGCAGCGGCAGUGGGCCGCCUCCGUUACCACUGUGAACACGUCCAACUCGGGGCCGCUGGCAGCGUACCUGCAGCGCACGGCCUCACCCGUGAUCCUGGCGCAGGAACACCAUCGGCGGGGCAGCAGGCUGGCCAACUUCGAGGCGGACCUGGCAGCCCUCGGCUGGCGCGCUGCGUGGGCCCCCGCCCUGGAGGGCGCUGGCGCCGAUGGCACCGUCGGAGGCACGGCGGUGGUGGUGCGUUCCGACAUCCCGAUCGCUGGGGUGGAUGCUGCUCCUGGUGGCGUACUGGUUCCUGGUCGCGCCGCUGCCGCCCACGUCGAGUGGGGCACCCCGAUGGGCCUCGUGUGCGUUUCGAUCUACCUACGCACUGGCGAAGGUCUCUCCCCCGAGAACACGGCCAUCCUGGCGCGCGUCUUCGGCUUCUUGCGGCGGUUGUCUGCCAGAGGGCAGCCGUGGCUGCUCGGCGGCGACUUCAACAUGGAGCCUGAGGCGCUGUUCAAGAAUGACUGGCUCGCGAAGGUCGACGCGACCGUGAUCAGGCCCUGCGUCCCCACGUGUCGCCAGGCCCAGCCUGGGACCGUUAUCGACUACUUCAUCGUCCCUACCUGGCUGCGCCCGCGGGUCCGGGAUACCCCUCUGGUCGACGUCACGGUGGAUACAUGGCCGCAGUGGCCUGUCGUGCUGUCAGUGCUAGCUGCAGAGCGUGCCAUCGUCAAGCGCGAGCUUCGUGAACCGCGUGCACCACCUGCCGUGCCUCCCGUGGGAUGCGCGCGGUUCCCGCGCUGGCUGCUAUGGGAGCGGGCGCAGCGGCGCAUCGACGCCAUUUGCGACGAGGACUCGCUCGUGCUGGCCUGGGACGGCGUCCUAGAUGGUAUCGAGGCGGAGUUGUUGGAACGCUGUGACAUUGUGGGGCCUAGUCGCCGAAGCUACGAAGGCCGGGCGGGGCCUGUGGAGCUGCACUGGAAGCGGGUCCCCUGGCAGCCACCGCAGAGGCCCGCCCGGCCAAAUUCCAGCGCGGUCGCCCUGGCCACUGCGGCGUGCUGGGCCCAGCAGGUGCAAAGGUCACGGCGGUUUGUCGAGCGGGCCAUGAGCCAGCCCACCGGCCACGGCUCCGAUGCUGCGCCCGGUGGGCGCCAGCCCCAGGACGUCAUCCCGAUGGCCAAGGUCGCCGCGGUGAUAACGCAGAUGUACACCUUCCUGCAGCGCGUGGCGCAGCGCUCCGAUGUCUUAGGCAAGCUCGAGCCCGCCCACGCGUCCCUGUUCGCCGCUGGCUUCGUGGCCGUGUCCGACCCAAGCUACGACCGUCGGCUCGAGGAGCUGGCCGACGCCGCAGAGCAGGCGGCCAGGCACGAGCAGGCGCGCCUCGACCGGGAAUGGAGGGCCUGCAGGCAGGCCAUCGCCGCGGGCGCUGGUGCGGCUCACAGGACGAGCAAGGUCCGCCAGCGACUCGAGCUCCCGAAGAUCACGGACCUGGGAGCCCAGCCGCAUCAGCUGGCUGACAAGGCCCUGGAGUCUUGGAUUGCCGUCUGGCAACACCAUCGCCUGCCGCCCCCGCGCCCCCCGCCCGAGGCGAGUGCCUGGCCCGAGCUGCCGCCCCUCUCUGUCGACCAGCUGCGUCGCGCGGCUCUGAGCUCCCCGACCAAGACAGCCGUUGGGCCCACCAGUAUCCCACCGCGGCUGCUUGCGCAGCUCAGCGACGAGGGCCUCGACGUCUGCUGCUGCCUGUUCGAGGCGUGCGAGCGGCAGCUUGCCUGGCCCGCCGAGCGGAUCGCCACGGCCCUCGUCCGCCUCCCCAAGAAGGACGGCGGCUCGCGGCUGGUCGGGCUGCUCCACACGUUGAUCAGAUGGUGGUCAAGGGCGCGGCGACCCUUAGCAGCUGCGUGGGAACGCGAUCACCGUGCGCCGCAUGUGUGGGGCAACUGCUCUGGGCGGUCCUCCUCCGACGCGGCGUUCGACCUCAACCUGCAGACGGAGACGGCGCGGGCGCUCGGACUCACCAGCAUCACGGUGCUCAUCGAUGUUUGGAAGGCGUUCGAGAUGGUGGCGCCCACCGUCCUCAUGGCCGAGGCGGCGGCGCUCGAUCUGCCGCUGCGGCUCACCUGGAUGCUCAUCUGCGUAUACACCCAGCCUCGCUUCCUGCUCGCCCACGGCUCUGCCUCCCGCAUGGUCAGCACCACGCAGAGCAUCGUGGAUGCGGCCACGGCCAGUGCCCAGCUCGAGCCUCCCUUGACAGCGCUUCUGGAGGACCUCGAGGAGCUGCGCCUCCCCGUCAACGUCUCCAAGCUGGGGCCGGUCGCGAGCCACGCCAGGGCGGCUCGCGCCUUCCAGGCCAGCGCCCGUCGGCUACACAUCAAACCCACGGACUGGAUGCGGAACAUGGGCCACGAGCUCGCGGGGUCGCGGGCGCUGCGCCGCCGGGAGCACGAGCGUGUCCGCCACGUGCUAGCCCGGCGCGGGCGGCUGCGCAUUUUGCACGGCGCGGUUGGCCCCAAGGUGCGCAAGCUCCAGCGCACAGGCCUCGCGCCGGCAGCAGCGCGCGGCGCAGGAGUCAGCGGCGUCGCGCCGCAGGCCCUUCGGCAGUUGCGCACGCUCGCCGGCCAGCUCGCCGGGGCCAAACCCGCCGCCAGCCUCACCAUGGUGCUCGCCUUGCAGGACGACGCACGAUUCGACCCCCUGCACGCGGCCACGCUCGGCAUCGUUGGGCGCUGGGCAGCCUGGCUGCGGGACCGACGGGGGCAGCUGGAGCCGGUCUCUUGCGCCUGGCAGGUGGUCUCCGCGGCUCUGGAGGCGCGCCCUUCGUGGGCGGCCGCGCGGGGGCCCAUGGCUGCCGUCUGGCUCUCCUUGCAGCGCGUCGGCUGGACCAUGCCCGCCGCCCACGCCAUCCAGUCGGACCUCGGCGCGCAGUACGAUCCGCUGCCUGCGCCGCCUGCGGGGCCGCGACCGAGGACCACCCCCAUCGCUGGUUUGGCUGCGCGCCGCUGCUGGCCGCCCCAGACGAGCAGCCGCCCGAGCGACGCGAGCGCGCUCUCGCGGCGCGGGAGGCCAUCAUCCAGGAGUGCGCCGCGGGCUUCGGGGGUGCCAGCUUGGACUCGCUGUCGAAUGUCCUAUGGGCCCCCGUGCAUGCCCACCCUGGCAGAGCUCCCCGAGCCCCCCUGCCCGCCCGCGAUUCGGCGGGGCGAUCAUGCGGGGCCUUGGCGCGGCACCGUGCACGCCGACGGGUCCGGGCACGCGGCCGACGUCCCCGAGCUCGCGCAGCGCACGUGGUCGGCGUUCCAGAUCAGCGACAUGGGCAUCCGUUGCGAGCUCUUCGUGACCUUGGCGCGGGCUGAGCGCUACGGCGGCGCCAUGGCCUUCGAGGCGGGGGACGGCGUCGACUGCCUGGUCUCCGACCACCUCUCGUUCGUGACCGAGGGUCUGCGCUGGAGCGCCAGGGACGCAUCCUCGCGCGGCACCCAUGCGCGGCUUUGGCGACGGCUGCGCAGCGCCAUUGCGUGGCGCGCCGACGCCGCGGCGCCCGACUUUCGCUGGGCCCCCUCUCACCUCACAGCCGAGGAGGCGCUCCACCGCGGAGUGCCGCUCAUAGACUGGAUCGGCAAUGCUUGGGCAGACUGGUUCGCGUCGGCGGCCAUGUGGCAGGUCCGGCUGGCGCCAGGGCUCGCGCGGAACCUCGAGCUCAGGCUCCAGCACGUUCUCAGCGUCGUGGAGUUUCACGCGUGGGCCUCCGUGCAGGUGUACUCAUCGGGCCUCUGA